GUAGAGGUGACCACAGGCUCCAUGACCCAUGCUGGCACUUGUGACAAUAUAUUCAUCACUCUGAUUGGCACGCAUGGAGAGAGUAAGCGGACCAAGCUUGACAGCUUUGGAAAGGAUUUCAAGACUGGAAUGGUGAGAUAUUUUUCCUUGUAUUUUUGUACACCUCGCCACCUGCUCCUUAUCAGACUUGAGAAAAAUAAUUACAUGUUUUUGCCAGAGAAUGACUGGUUCUGCUCCCUGAUCAGUGUGAAAACCCCUGAGAGGGAUGUGAUCCAUUUCCCAUGCUAUCGCUGGAUGGCAGAAGGGGAGGUGAUUGAGCUGCGAGAGGCGAAAGGACCCCUGUAUCUUCCUUCAGUGGUCCGUUUCUCUUUCACCAAAGCCAUGGAAUUCCUGUUGACUAAAAACAACUCACUUUUGGCACGACUCUGUGUACAUUUCACCUGCAAACUGGAGUUUACAUGUGCCCUUACGUUCAAUAACACUUCCAGCUUCAGCCACUGUGUCAAAAUUUCAUCUCAGAAUUGGGAUGUUACAUUUCAACAAACUCAAAUUUUGUUCCAACAGAAGGGGAAUAUAUUCUUAUGUGAUUAUAAAACACUGGCGGAAUUACCCACUCGUGAGAUCAAUGGCAAACAGCAGUAUGUUGCGGCUCCACUCUGUCUGCUGUACAAGAACCCAGUGGGCAAACGUCUGCCUAUUGCCAUUCAAUUGAAGCAACAGGCGUCAGAGGAAAAUCCAGUUUUCCUGCCUAGCGAUUCAGAGCAUGACUGGCAGCUCGCUAAAAUCUAUGUGAGGAAUGCAGAUUGUCUUGAGCAUCAAGCAUCUUUCUAUUAUCUGCACACCCAUCUGUUGGCUGAAACCUUUACAGUUUCAUUGCUGAGGAACCUCCCUGCAGUGCACCCAAUGUAUAAGUUGUUGAUACCCCACACACGUCAUACCCUCCAGAUGAACGCCCUUAUCUGGGACAGGUUUCUUGGGAACGUUUCUAGGUUUCCUAAUACCAGUAUUGGAGGUGAAGGGAUGACCGAUCUCAUGAAGAGGGCCCUCUCAGAGCUGACCUACAGUUCUCUGUGCCUGCCUGAGAACAUCAGUGAGCGUGGACUACAAUCUAUUCCCAACUUCUUCUACAGAGAUGAUGGACUUCGGCUAUGGGACUUGAUCAAUGAUUUUGUAAGGACAAUGGUCAAGUUUUAUUACCAGAGUGAUGGUGAUGUACUGCAGGACACUGAACUCCAGGAUUGGAUCAAGGAGAUAUUUGUCCAAGGGUUUCUUGGGCAGAGCUCAGCAGGAAUACCUCAGUGUUUUAGUACAGUUGAUGAGGUCAUCAAAUUUGUAACCAUGGUGAUCUUCACAGUUUCAGCUCAACACACUACCCUCAAAGCAAGAAAGUUUGACUAUGGUAGCUGGUUUCCCAACUCUCCUGGUUCUCUGAAAAGACCUCUUCCAACAUCUAAGGGAAGCUCAGACAAGAACACCAUGCUGGACACUUUGCCUGAUAUCAACACGUCUGCAUAUCUAGUAUCAGUCUUUUGGCUACUAAGCAAGCCCUCGGCAGACUUAGUUCCACUUGGCCAAUAUCCUAUGGAUUGCUUUUGCCACACAGCGCCCCAGAAAAUGAUCAGAGAUUAUCAAGCAGAGUUGGCCUUUUUGAGUGAGUCCAUCAAAGACAAAAAUGCAGGGUUGCAAUUGCCUUACACUUACUUAUGCCCUGAUUGGAUAAGUAACAGUGUGAGCAUUUGA